AUACAACACACAAAACAUCUGUUUUCUCUUAAAUAUCUUGUUUGUGAUAUGUGAUUGUUGAACAUCUCAGUUCAAUACUAUUGGUGCUAUAACAGCCUCCACCCUUCUGGGAAGGCUUUCCACAAGAUUUUGAACCUGGUUGCAGGGAUUUUUUUUUCCCUAAUCAGACUCAAGAGCAUUAGUGAGGUCAGGCACUGAUGUUGAAGACCUUUUAGAGGACUUGCUCAAAUGUUUUGCAGCAGUAUUUUGGACCACUUGUAAGCAAUCCAGUGAUGUCAUGUUGCGGCAAGUGAAGUGGGAGUUACAGUAGUCUACAUGGGAUGAAAAGCAAGUUCCUCAGCUGGAAAAAUCAUGAACAAACAAGAACCCUUUGCAAGUUGGUCAAGAGUCAGUGCCUGGUUCUUAGUGACACCUAGAUUUCAAAGGAUAGAUUUAACAGAAGAGAAAAGGGAACAAGGCCUGUCCAUCACCUUAGUGACAAGGCUGCCUUGGGCAGAAAUAAGAACUUCUGUUUUGUCAACAUUAAGCUGUAGAAAAUGAUCUGCCAUUGAGUUUAGUCAGUUAUAGAAUUCACCAUUUUACUACAUUUUGGCACUUAAACAAGAUAAUAGUAUAAUUGAAUGUCAUCUGCAUAGAAGUAAUAGGAGAUACCUUUUAAAUGACUUAAUCUUUUCAUGGAUAUGCAUAUACAAGGCGAACAAAAGGAAUGCAACAGCUGGUUUGCAACACUGCAAACACAGCAAUUAAUGGCACAUUAAGUUUGGACACAGCUUCCCAUUCCCUUGAAUGAGAAGUUGUGUCCAAACUUAUGACUGGUACUGCAUUUGUCCAUGUAUUCUAUAGAUUAUUUGCACAGUGUUACCCAGUAACAUUUGGGUAGCGUUGGUAUUUACAAAAUCAUGUAACAUUUCCAGAGGUUAGCUUUUUUUCCCACUAUAAUAUAUAUUAUUGCAUUGCAUCCCUGCAGUGUACAGGAUUUUUUUUUUGACGGUCUGAAGCAAAGAGAGUGGGACGUGCAGCUGCCUGUGCAUCAUUCAGGGCAACGGGUUGUUUUGCAAAGAGAUUUCCUCCCAGGAUGGACAAAACCCAUCUUUCGAGCCCUAAUGACAUCAUCAUGACAAGCUCAACAGGCCCGUACCAGCAGGAACCCCUAACUCCACCGAGACCCACCCAUCACCACUCUUCUUCCUCUUCCUUAUCCUCCCCCUCUCCCUCCUCUUCUUCCUCACCCCUCAAGCCCAAUCAGGUUGGCCGGGUCAUCCUGUACGGUGUCCCCAUUGUAUCACUGGUCAUUGAUAACAAUGAGAGACUUUGCCUGGCACAGAUUUCCAACACACUCCUCAAGAACUACAGUUAUAAUGAGAUUCAUAAUCGUCGCGUGGCGCUGGGCAUCACCUGUGUCCAGUGCACUCCAGUCCAGUUGGAGAUCCUUCGUCGGGCCGGUGCCAUGCCCAUCUCGUCACGCCGCUGUGGCAUGAUCACCAAGCGUGAAGCAGAGCGCCUCUGCAAGUCCUUUCUGGGAGAGAACAUGCCACCGAAACUGCCCGACAACUUUGCCUUCGAUGUGACACAUGAGUGCGCCUGGGGUUGCCGUGGUAACUUCAUCCCGGCACGCUACAACAGCUCCAGGGCCAAAUGCAUCAAGUGCUCCUUCUGCAACAUGUACUUCUCCCCAAAUAAGUUCAUUUUUCAUUCCCACCGCACACCAGACGCUAAGUACACCCAGCCCGAUGCUGCCAACUUUAACUCCUGGCGACGACACCUCAAACUCAGUGACAAACACCCACCUGAUGAGUUAGUUUAUGCAUGGGAAGACGUCAAAGCUAUGUUCAACGGAGGCAGCCGCAAGAGAGCACUGCCCUCCUCAUCCCAUUGUUCUUCCAUGGGUCCUAUGAAGACUCUCCCAGGUUCAGUGGUACCUCAUAUGAUGGGAGGUGACCUGGGUGCCCAGAAAAGAACCCGCUUUGAAGAUGAGGAGGACCUGGAUGGAGGCGGUCUGUCUCCCUGUAAGACACCACGUAGCUACCCUGUCAUCCCCGUCCCAAGCAAAGGCUUCGGCAUGCUGCAGAAGUUCCCUCCCACAUCGCUUUUCCCUUCGCCUUACCCCUUCCCAGCAUUCAGCCUCUGCCAGCAGAAAAAAGAGGACAGUGAUGUUUCAGCUGGACACAAAGGAGCGGGGUUGUCAGGUCUUUUAUGGCCUGGCCGUAAAGACACUUUUUAUCCCCCUUUCUGCAUGUUUUGGCCACCAAGAGCAGCAGGUGGAAUCCCUGUUCCCACCUACCUCCAGCCUCAGCCCAGCGCCCUCUCAUCCCUGGCAGACAACCCCUCUCUCAGGCAGGCCUUUCUGGAUCUCUCAGACCCCAGCGAACCUGCGGCUGUAGCUGGCAACGGAAAUGGUGUCAGCGCAACCAUGGCCCCCGGCAGCGGAACCUCCACACCCAGAUCGGGGCUGUUUGACCCUGAGUGCACAACCGUAACCUCUGACCUUCGCCCUGUGACAUCAGAGGGCUGGCUCAAACUGCUGGACACCCCAACCCUCCAAACCAGGAAGCCGAGCUAUGGCUCUGCCUUCCGCCCUGUCAUCAAGGAUGCAGAGAGCAUUGCCAAGCUCCACAGCAGUGGUGGGGGAGUCACUGGCGCCACAGAUGAAGACAUUGGGGUCGUGGUUGCUGGGUCAGACCGCCACCAGCGGCUAUCGCCCAGCAGCAGCUGUAGUUACGGAAGCGAAAGCGGAGGCGAUGGUGAAGCAGAGGGAGGGGAGAGUGAGGAGGAGGGGGAAGUUGAUGUGGAGUCAUCCAAGCAAGAGGAUGAGGAGGAGGAGGGGACCUUCGCAACCAGGCCACCACAGACUCAAACCAACCUGUACCUCCCUGCACUGAGCGACGGUGCCCGAGAGGAGAGGGGGAAGGAGAGAGGGAGUGGCACAGUGUAUCCCAGCGCCUCCCCUCCCUCCUCCUCGGACCCCAUCCAGCAGGAGUCCCCCAGCCUGCCUGCCUCCCCUCCUGCCAGCCUGCCUCUCUCCAGCUCCACCCCGCCUCACCGAGAGGACCCAUCUUACAAAAACGUUCACAAAAACAGAGAUGAAGGACUACCUGCGUAUGUAACCAAAGACAACUCCAGCAUUUCUGAUGAAAACAAAGAGCAGAAUAGUUUCUUUGUACCAGACAGUGAGACGUCGGCACCGGACUACUGGAGGGAGAGCUCAGGUGAUCAAAGCCAAGGUGCUGCCUCUCCUGUGCCGCUAAAGAAGGACGUUGAGAACAUGGAAAAAGAGGAGCUCCAGAAGGUUUUGCUGGAGCAGAUAGACUUCAGGAGGAGACUGGAGCAAGAGUUUCACGCUCUGAAGGGCACCUCACCAUUUCCCGUCUUCCAUAAUUUCCAAGACCAGAUGAAACGAGAGCUUGCCUACAGAGAGGAGAUGGUCCAACAGUUACAGAUGAUUCCAUACGCAAACAUCAUCAGGAAAGAAAAGAUCAGCUCUCAUCUUAACAAGUAGCUAAAAGGCUGAGUCAUCAGAAUCCUAUCUAAGAGGAAGAAGCUGUCAGGAUUUAUGUGAAAUGUCCCAAGAAAAAAAGACAAAUCAUACAAAGAACUGACAGAGAAAUGUAGGAGAGACACAGACAGAAAGGAAUUUGACACUAAAUAGUAUAAAUAGACAUUUCUUAAGUUUUCCUGGGACAGUGAUUUUUAGUACAACCUCUGUGAAUAGCCCUGCACUUAAACUCUGUCCGGUAAGAACACAGUUUGGACCAGUUUGGACUGCAGUGGUGACAUGCUGGUUGAAGUUUCAUCCCUGUUUCCUGUAGCCUGGGUUCAGUUUAUUCCCCAAAACUGACUGAAAUGAAAGGGACACAAACUGGUGACAUCAGGUUUGACAUCAGUGACAUCAGUCAUGAUUUGUGCUCUUUCCUCACUGCUGCACUGACAGUCAGACUCAAAGCUUUUUCCCGACCAGGACCAAAGCAACCACGGCAUCUCUUGCCCUUUGUGAACUUGAAAACUUUUCUAGGGAUGUUGAAGACCACCAGGAAUGCAGUCGUAGACGACUUCAGAAAACCAUGAACUUUUCCAAGCUCUUAAUAGAUGAAGAGUCAGCUGGCCUAACUGUAUAUACAACUGUACGACUGUGGAUGAGACUGACGGUUCUCACUCUAAGAUUGUUGCUGUUGUUGUUGUUGUUGUUGCCAUGGUAUCACCAAAUGGGGACCCUAAAGAGAAACAAACAUACCAACCUUUAUUUACUGUCAACACCUGAUCCCAAAGGGAUCUUAAACAUCAUGUCCACUUGAACACACCAGAUAAAGAACAAAAUAAUAGAGAAAAAAACUUUUGAGUUUUAAACCUACAGUAAUGAUGCAAUUACAAUAGUAUUAAUAGCGGGUGGUGUCACAAAAAAGGGUUCAUACUUUAUUCAAACUGUACAGUGGCAGAACAGUUUGUACCUGUAGUUUUAGUAUUUGCGGAUGAUUCCUGAAUGUAUUAAAAAAAAACAACAGUAUUAUGUUCAAUGCAGAUGUUGCUGCAUUGUCCUUGUAAAAUUUCUGAAAAUUUCAUCUGAUUAUACAUUUUUAACAGAGCAUAUCAUAGCUGGAGUUUACAUCCUUUGCUCAAAAGCACCCUGAAGGUACUUUUUAUUCUCCACCCAAAAUUUCCCCAGUUCAAUUCUAACCAACAACCUGAAGGGUUCACUUUCAAGCAAAAAGUGAAUAUUAGUAAGAUAUCAUCAUCUGCUGAAUCCACCUUUAAAAUGUGUUUGCGGUGUUGGCAGAUGAUGAAUGGACAUUCUGUCUACUUGUUUGCUCUCUGAAAGAUUGUCCGGGCCACAAGGAGCAAAAAUUUGUCAGUGUUGUAUAUCUACUUGUAAAAUAUUUCACCCGACUGUACAAAAUGUCCUAAGUGAGAACCUCACAGUCUAUCUAUAUGUGUUUGUUUGUUUGUCUAUUUAUUUGAGUAUCUGGGCCUGAGACCCUGAUUGUGAAAAUAUUAUUUAUUACAAUGUUAAAAGAAAAAGAAAGACACAUGAUGAUGAUGAUGAUGAUGAUGAUGAUGAUGAUGGUGCAGUCCAGUGUAUGUCAGAAAGAAUAAAAAUGUGAACUCACAGAUCUUGUUUAUAGAAUGAACUGAAUGAAUGGAUAAAGUUGUCAUUUACUGAGAAAAAUGUUAUCAUUAUAAACUGUUAAUGCAGAUGUAUUUAAAUACCCUAUGUUCUUGUAGUUUCUCUAUUAUUUAUGUGUAAAUUAAAAGUCUAUACAUUACCCAGAAUGUGGUUUCAUGACUGAAUCUACAUCAACUCAGCCAAUACCAGUUUCUAUUUAAAGACCUGUUGUACAUUUUGUGAUAUAGAUUACAGUUGUAGUUUGUUAGUUUGUUGCUCUUCAAAACA